CAUAAUAUCCUAUUGAGCCUAAUGAAGGAUGCAUCCUGUCAUCUGGGAGCUAAAGUCCUCCCCCUGUGACUGAUAGCAGGCAGACUUUGCCCUAAAAAGGGGGAGCCGCACUGCCGGCGGUUCAGAUCACUGGCCGUCAAAGCAGAGUUCUGUGCAGGAAUAAGAAAGAAAGGAACCACUUGUGGUGAGAUGGAUCACACGAACAACAACAAUGGCCCUGAAGAGAGUGACCUUCGCCCACCUCCGUACAGUCCUGCCAUGUAUCAGGACGGGUUCUACACUGGAACGACUUAUCAGGUGGGGAAGGGCAACAUUUCCGUUGUAUCCCCUCCUGGACCCUAUGACAACUUGGGCUACACUGAGGACCCCCCACCCCCUGCAUAUGGAGGCUACAACCAGUACACCCAAGCUCCGCCUCCUUACCCCGAACCCCAAGUCUUCUGUGACUUUAGUGACAAAACAAUCCGGAAAGGAUUCAUAAAAAAAGUCUACCUGACGCUGAUGACUCAGCUGCUGUUCACUGUGGGGAUCAUCUGCGCUUUCAUUUACUGGGACAGACUCAAUAUGUGGGUCCGGCAAAACUGUGCUUUCACCUACUCCAUGAUUGGUGUAGGGUGUGCUCUCCUCCUGAUCUUGUCCAUAUUUGGCCAACUUCGCCGCCGAGCGCCCUACAACUAUCUCGCCCUGAGCCUCUUUACAAUCACAGAAGGCGUGAUGCUUGGAUCAGUGACAGUGUACUACCACGCCGAGGCUGUUAUGUGGGCCGUGGGUGCUACAGCGUUUGUUACCUUAGGCAUAACUUUGUUUACGUCACAGUCAAAGCUUGACUUCACCCCUGCAGCUGCAAGCCUGUGGACGUUGGGCUGGUCUUUAUUUGGCCUCUGCAUACUUUGUGCCGCCAUCCAGAGACAGUAUUUGUACAUCUUCUGCGCCUGCCUGGGAUCCCUGGUGUUUUCGCUGUUCUUGGUAUUUGAUACCAUGCUCAUCCUGGGUGGGAAACAUAGGAGAUUUGAAAUCUCGCCCGAGGAGUACGUGUUUGCCGCCCUCACCCUGUAUGUGGACAUUACCAGCUUGUUCCUCAUCAUCAUGCGGUUUGUGAAUCUGUGCUUCGGCAGAUAAACCCACACCUCCCUCCUUCAUGGACAAUGAGGAUCAUGCAACGUUAACA